AAUGAGAAGCAACAAGCACUAUUUAGCACUUGCUGCUGCUGCUUCAUUUCGCUAGGAAAGGGAUGCUGCUCUCUGAUGUCACAGCAGCACAGCACGGGUGUCAUGGUGACGUUCGAGAAUUUUCCCUUGGGAUUCUCGGUCGGUGGGUCACUUCCUUUCAGCUGGCUGGCUGGCAGGACUAGCUGCUAGGGUUUGGCUGAAGAAUUUACUCCAACUGAGAAAAAAGAAUUGAAAAUGGAGCUUUCCUCAUUGGAAACUUCAUGUGAUUCUGUUCUGGCCAAGGGAGUUGAUUCGUCAGGCUUGACGACUUCUCUCCAUCCAGCACGUGGCACAAGAGCAGCUACUGACGCUGCCUUUGGACCUCCGAUAGAAGAAAGGUCUUUACAGACUUUGACUGAGCAACGCCGCUCAAAAAGAGAGCGUCUGACUUCAUCUGAGGAGAGCUCUAGCGAAGGCGGUGCCUUUACACGCCUCAGCUUUCUGAAGAAGCUCUGGGACAUUGUUGAAAGCCAUCUGUUUGAGUCCAUUUGGUGGGGUGACAACGGAAAGUGCGUAGUGAUUCACGAACGAUUGUUUGAAGAGGAAGUACUAGCAAGGAGAGGACAUCUGAGAAUUUUUGAAAUUGAGAGCAUGAAAAGCUUCACUCAUCGCCUCCAUCUGUACGGAUUCACCAGAAAGCUGCCCGACUUUCCAAAAUCGGGCUCGCGCAAUGACUUGCUAGCAGAAGAAACAGCCAGGGAGUUUCACUACUACUACAACCCAAAUUUUAGAAGACAUUUUCUGCAUCUGCUCGUGAAGUGUAAGCAAAGCUUUGAUCCAAAAAACCCACCAGCAAACACCAAAUUUUCACCGGACCCGGCUUUGCAUGCACACCACCGGAAAAGAAAACCAGAUGUUGAGCUUGCGUGGGAAACCACUUCUGAGGAGGAGAGCGGUCUGUUCACAGCAGCUCCGAGGGAGAACAUGCACAUCUCUGCACCCAGGAAGACCGCACCUGCCAAGCGACGUGCCGAGGCAGUGACCCAAGUCAGACGUGCCUCUGCAUCUGCAGACCCCGCGGCAGCAGUAGGCAGGGAGCAGCUCCAUCCUCCGGCCCCUGCCCUUUUGUUGCAGCACUGCAGCCCCGGCCUGGCUGGCGCCCAGGGCGCUGCUUCUGCUGCCGCUGCCGCUUUGCCAUGCCAUGCCGGCCAUGCCCAGCAGUCACUUUCUGCCAGGGCCGGCGGCAGCCGCUGCUCUGUCUGUGCCAAGGCCACCUUGGGGCCCAACUCCACCGUACCGCCACUGCCCGACUGGCACUUGUGGUCCUAACAGCGGAGCUGCAGGUGAUGGCCUUGGACCCCAGUCCGGGGCAUGCUGGGUGCCUUCCACAGCUCUCCUGGAAAUUGUGUAGUCCGAGGGAAUAGAGUCUCCUAAGUGUUUCAAUAAACUAGCUGAACACAAAGCCUCUGCCACUUGUCCUGUCCUGUUUUUAUAGC